GUUGCUGGCUGGUUUGGAUUGUUCUACAGCAGUAGAGUCUGGGAUUUUCCACCAAUACUGUUUCUGCGAUGGGUUCAGAGAAACAUUAUUAUUCUAUUUUUUUCCUUUGUACAUCUUCUUCUUUUUGCCUCAAAUUAUAUAUCUCUAUCUUGGUGGUGUUUGUCCUGAGAGCCUGUGCAAACAAAGUAGAUGAGGAAGAUUAUGAGGACACAAUGUUAAAUAGAACGUGGGUCCUGGCACCAAGAAUCCAUGAGAGUGAUGUGACCAAUAUUCUGAAUAACUUACUGAAAGGAUAUGACAACAAACUUAGACCAGAUAUUGGAGUGAGACCAACAAUGAUUGAAAGUGACAUCUACGUGAACAGCAUUGGACCAGUUGAUGCGAUUAAUAUGGAAUAUACAAUUGACAUUUUUUUUGCUCAGUCAUGGUAUGAUAGCCGAUUGAGGUUUAAUGGCACAAUGAAAGUUCUCAUGCUAAAUAGCAACAUGGUUGGUAAAAUCUGGAUCCCAGAUACGUUUUUCCGAAACUCAAGAAAGUCAGAUGCUCACUGGAUAACAACACCAAAUCGAUUGCUGCGAAUUCAGAAUGAUGGCAAAAUAUUGUACACACUGAGAUUAACCAUCAAUGCUGAAUGUUACCUCCAGCUUCAUGAUUUUCCUAUGGAUCAUCAUUCUUGCCCAUUGGAAUUCUCAAGCUAUGGGUAUCCAAAAAAUGAAAUUGAAUAUCGCUGGAAUCAUAAUUCAGUUGAGCUCGCUGACCAGAGACAUUGGCGACUUUACCAGUUUGCAUUUGUUGGAUUAAGAAACAUGACGGAUGUAAUGCACACACAGUCAGGAGAUUAUGUUGUAAUGAAAUUAUUCUUUGACCUAAGUAGAAGAAUGGGCUACUUCACUAUUCAGACCUACAUACCUUGCUCACUCACAGUUGUCCUGUCAUGGGUAUCAUUCUGGAUCAAUAGAGAGGCAGUGCCAGCAAGAACAUCAUUAGGUAUUACCACAGUUCUAACCAUGACAACACUCAGUACAAUUUCCAGAAAGUCGCUGCCAAAAGUGUCCUACGUGACUGCCAUGGAUCUCUUUGUGUCUGUUUGUUUUCUGUUUGUCUUUGCUGCCCUCAUGGAGUAUGGAACUCUACAUUAUUUUAGCAGCAAUAGAAAAAGCAGCCAAAAGAAGAAGCAACAAUCCAAACAAACAAAAUCACCUGUUAUUAAUGUCCGCCCAGGAUCAACAUUGAUUCAGGUGAACAACAUCUUACACGUACAAGAACAUGAUGACUACGGUUAUGAGUGUUUGGAUGGCAAAGACUGUAGCAGCUUCUUCUGUUGCUUUGACGAAUGCCAUACAGGAGCUUGGAGGCAGGGCCGAAUACAUAUCCGUAUCACGAAAAUCGAUUCUUACUCUAGAAUAUUCUUCCCGACAGCAUUUGGUCUGUUCAAUUUGGUUUAUUGGAUCGCAUAUCUUUACCUAUAAAAAUAUCAUUAGUGGCAUAAGACGAGGAUGAAUAAAUCAGCAGUGGUAGAAUUUUAGCCUAUACAUUGUUUGACUGUGUUGGUCAUAAAAAUGAAAUAUUAUUUAACACUUUCAGAAAAAGAAAAAAAUAAUGUGAAAAAAUCAAUUUUAUCAUUAAGUCUGGAUUAGUUAACUUGCUGCCAAGUGUACAGCUUACCUUGAAUUCUUGUGUCAUAUACAUAACUCAUGCACAUUUUCAAAUAUUGAUAUUUUUCAAGAUGUACAUUUGAUAAAAUACAAACAUUUAUAUCCAUUUUAAGACAUGCAUUUUUGUCAUAUGGCGGACAACAGAUUGAUAGGGCAGUAUCAACACAAAUCAGUUAUCAAGGACAAACCUGCAUAAAAUUCAAUCAAUCGUUCUUUAGAGAACACUAAGUUUUGAAAACAAAAUAGAACUAAAUCUAAUCUAAACUGGAACACCAAAUGUUAUCGGCUUUUAAGCCCAUUUUCUGCUCAUUUCAUUUAUUGCAGUUGAUGAACAAUUGUGGUGUUGACCAAAAUUAUAAAAUCAACUAUCCUCUCCUACUGAUUUUUUUUACUGUAGUGCGCGGAGAAGUGCAUUGUCAUUUUAGUAAACCUGCUCAAUGCCUGGGAAAUCGUAUUCAGUCUAAAUUAUGUGAUUUAUGAAAAGGUAUUCACAGAUGAUAUAUAAAAUUCAACGUAACAGCUAAUUUUGACCAUUGUAAAAUACAUUUUGAUGUUAUCAUGAUUUCCUGAUCAUGUUUGCAUUUCAUAAAGAUUAAGUGCACUUAACAUCAAUGUGAUCUUGGUCAGCAAGUUGUGAUAUGAUAUAAAGGUAGCAGCCAAUCUUGGAUGUUGUAAUAGUGAAAGGGAUGUAUAUCCCACAGGCACCAAAUCAUUUCUUACCCCAGAGAGACAUUGCCAGUGUUCUAUUUGGUGAAUUUUGCAUUUCAAUUAGAUCACACAGUUUGCAUCAAUCUAACGCUGCUUCAACUGUGUACAGUGCAAAUUGUGUAUUGUAGAUCACUAAUAAAGAUGUUAGAUUAUACAACAUAAUUAAGUUCCUCCAGUCUAGCAGCAUGGCCAAGUUCCAUACAUUCAUUGCAGAAGAGGUACUGCUCUACAUGUUAUAGAUCAAUGUUCCAACACCAUAAGUACAUUCUAUCAUUAGUAACAAAAACGGCAGUUGAAAAUAAUUAUUUAAUUUUGAAAUUAAAUUAAAAAAUAUACAUGCAGAAAAAUUACGUACAUUCAAUUAUUAACAUACUCUCAAUGGAAGAACAAUAUCGAGGGGUAUAUUACAAAGUGGAUACUGGCUUUUUAUAUCUAAUAAAAAUCCCAGUAUUGCCCAUUUCUGAUCAUCAUAUUAAAGGAAGUGAGCAAUAAUAAAUUAAAAUAUGUUUUCUUUUGGUGCACAAUGCACCCACAUUUGUGUGAAUGCAAGUAAAUAAAUUAAAUAUCCUGAUUAAAUAAUAUUACAUUUAUAUAGUCCCAUUUAGUAUUUAAACUCAGUAUUAAAUCUAACGAAUUAAGUGACUGACCUUUCAUAAUAAUUAAUAUAAGCAUUUCAACCAAUAUGUGGUAUAUGCUAAGCUUUCACAUGUUGACAUAAUACAGUGAAUGUCAUUAGAAUUUUAUACAACAAAUGUUAUAUUUUACUAUACAAGUUAUCACCAGCUUUUUAAUUUCUUCCAACUUUCAUCUUCCUUUCCUGAGCAUUCAGAAGAUAGUAGAAGUUAUUUUAGAGAGCAUUAAAUGAAAAUAGCAUCAGAUUAAAUGGUGCUGCCAGUCCACUUUUAUUCACAGUGUUCCUGAUCUAUCCAUUGCUAAACUUAUCAUAAAGCAGAAUAUUUAUUGACUUUAUGUACCAUACUUCCACAUCCUAUACUAUGUUCUCUACUAAAAGAAGUAAAGAGAGAGGAACCGAAAACGUACCCAUGGAUCUAGAAAGACAGCCUUUUCUCUCCUUUUAAUUUUGUUAAUGUAAACUGCUACUCACGGAAAAUAUCGGCAAUCUAUUCCACCAGCAAACUUACUGAUUUAAAAGUAUCCUAAACUCAAGCUGAAAGGGAACGU